CCACCAAUACAACAAUUGAAGGCUUAAACCCUACCGCUCCUUCCCUUGAAGAAACCAGCGGGCAGCGCAGUUUCCUCUCUCUCUCUCUGAUUGCUUGGUUGAGUUGUCAAGUACUUUCAAAGAACAAAAACGGUAAGGAAAAUGCAGGAGAGGAAAGAGAAGGAGGAGGGGAAGCUCAAAGGGAAAGCAGCAGCUGCAGAAGAGGAAAUGAAGCAGCCUAGGAAGAGAAAACGCAACGAGGUUUUUCCUUUCGGAAAUUACAGAAGCUACUACGGAUACCGCAUAGGUAGGGACUUGGAGGAAGAUCCUCGAUUAAAGGUUUUGAAGAAGGAAUGGUUUGAAGACAAGGAUUGUCUUGAUAUUGGCUGCAAUAGUGGGAUAAUUACCAUUCUAAUUGCUAAAAAGUUUUGUUGCCGGAGCAUUCUUGGACUUGACAUUGAUUCUAAUCGAAUAGAGGAUGCAUGCUGGAAUCUCAAAAAAUUUGUGAAAAUGAAACAUACUCAGAAGACAAAUGCAAAGGCUUCAAAAUUGGAGGUUUUGGGGAGUGCAAAUGGUUCAGAGCAGAGUGUUACAGCAUCCCCCAAUGAAGUGACAGAAGAAAUUUCAAGGGAUACACCUUCCAUGGGAAGAGAUCUGUUUGAAAUAGUCUCUUUCCAAAAAGAAAAUUUUGUUCAGAGUCGGUGUCCACCAGAAAAGCACUAUGAUACAAUCCUUUGUUUGAGUGUGACAAAAUGGAUUCAUCUUAAUUGGGGUGAUGAAGGAUUGAUUACAUUAUUUUCAAAGAUUUGGAGAUUGCUUCAUCCGGGUGGCAUUCUUGUAUUGGAACCUCAACCUUGGAAGUCGUAUGUAAGCAACUGUCAAGUUUCUGAGACAACGGCAAUCAAUUUUAAGAAUAUUAUUUUACGUCCAGAACAUUUUCAGGAAAUACUUCUGGAUAAGAUUGGAUUUAGAAAGGUAGAAGACAUAACUUCCAGCUUAUCAGGCAGCAAAACUGGAUUUAACAGACCGAUCUGGUUGUUCUACAAAUGACUCAUCAGAUAUUUGGUUUGACGAUGCGUGUUCGUGUGGCUUGCUUCAGAAAGUUACCCUCAACUGUGCACUCUUUAUGGGAUGGGAUUAGCCUCGCUUUUGAUCUUAGGCUUCAGAAAGCAACAAUCAGAAAUGAAGAUAUAUGAGAUCCAUUUUGUUUCGUGCAUAGAUAUAUACCUUUUAACGAUUUUUUUUUUUGUCCCAGUUAGGUGAAAUCAUGACAGGCAAAGUAACAGAAUGUGGUUUGACCCGAGUCUGUAAUUGCACGUACAAACAUACAUGUUAUGCUGUAGAUUCUCACUGAUCAAAUGAAAUCAUACCCUUUUUGUUUGUUA